AUGGAGGAGAACAGAGAUGAAGGCAAGGAUCUUACAGUUGAAGAUCAGAAGGGAUACAAGGCUGAAGACCAGGGUGCUGAGAACUGGGGAGAUGAGUAUGAGCCUCAGCCUGUGAUGGUGCCACCCAAGAACAGCCAGUGGGUUGCCAUCUGGUCAUUCUUCUGCGAGCCAUCAGGGCAGCAGAGAAGCACAAGCAGGGGCAUCAUGGAGAAACUGAGGGACGUUGUGAGUAGGGAAGACCCUGAGGAUAAAUACUUAGAAUUGCAGGAGCUCGGCCAAGGGGCGUCAGGAACAGUUUAUCGGGCUAUUGAGAUGUCCAGAGGACAGGAGGUGGCUAUCAAGCACAUUAACAUCCAGAAAGAGGCAGAGGUGGUUCUCCUGAACGAAAUCAGGUUCAUCAAGGGCAACAAGAGCCCAAACCUUGUCAACUACUUAGACAGCUACAUGGCGGGUGAGGAGCUGCUGAUUGGGACGGAGUACCUGGAUGGAGGGUCCUUGGCCGAUGUUGUCCUGGAGCUGUGGAUAGAGGAAGAGCAGACAGCAGCCAUCUGUAGGGAGUGUCUGCAGGGCCUGGACUUCCUGCACUCCAACAACAUCGUCCACCGUGACAUCAAAAGCUACAACAUCCUGCUGGGCAUGGACGGGGCCGUCAAAGUGGCUGACUUUGGACUCUGUGUUCAGCUCACCUCCGAGAAGAGCAAGAUGAGGGAGUGCGUUGGGACCCCUCACUGGAUGGCGCCAGAGGUGGUUAAGAGGGAGCCUUAUGGUCCCAAGGUGGACAUUUGGUCCCUUGGGAUCACUGCCAUCGAGAUGGCAGAAGGAGAACCACCUUACAGCCACAAACAGUACAGCAGGGUGGGAAACCUGAUAGCCACCAAGGGGAUCCCAGAGCUGCAGAACCCAGGGCAGCUGUCAGCUGAGCUGCUGGACUUCCUGCAGCACUGCCUGGAGGUGGAUGUGCAGAGGAGAUGGUCUGCCAAGGAGCUUUUGGAGCUACCACCUCCUCCACUGCUGCUCCGUGCGUGGCUGAACGCUGACCCCGGCUGAAGCGACAGACAACCAGCAAGAUCUCGCCUGGGAGCACUCUGAGGGGAGAGAAGAAGGUGGCGUUGGCCGCUUUGGGAUUUCUUUUGUCCAGGGGAGAGGAUUUGAUUUC